AUGUUAACCCUACGAAGACAUUUGUUCAAAGGCAGGUUGAAAAAAGCCCUUGAACCCCCUCCUCCAAGUCAUUAUGAAUACUCAAUCUCACCAAAGACAUAUAAUUUUAAAGUCCCCUCAACAAAACAAACUCUCAACCCGAUUCAGCUAAUAUACCAAAAGGCAGUCAACUUUCCAUUCGACAAAUCAAAUGAAGAAGUUUACAACUCAUACCCUAAGGUAACGUCAAAUCAGUUGCUCGAUAGAAAAACUAGACCGAGAGGGGUGCUGAUGAGCACGGCCGAUUUUAUCGAGGAUCUGUUGUACAACAAGCAUUACGGGUACUUUGCUAAAGAAGCUGAGAUUUACCACCCUGACAAGCCAUUCAAUUACCCAAAUGUGAAAGACAUUGAUGGAUUUAUGGAAGCCUGGGGAGAGUCUUACUCAAAGUAUGAUCAGGAUGAGACCAAGCCUCUUCAAUUGUGGCACACACCAACUGAGUUGUUCAACCCUCACUAUGGGGAGAGUUUAGCUCGCUAUAUUCUAUUCAAUUACAAAGUUAAUGGCAAUUACCCUUACGAGGACUUGAUAAUAUACGAGAUGGGAGGGGGUAAUGGAACACUUAUGUGCAAUGUUCUCAACUACAUCAAGAAACACGAGCCACAAAUAUAUACCAAAACCCAGUACAAAAUAAUCGAGAUAUCAAGUCAGCUAGCAAAAAAGCAGAAAUCAUCAUACAGCAAGAAACUUAAAGAGGAGGGAUUGAAUGCGGAUAUUCUAGAAAUCCAUAAUGUAUCCAUUUUCGAUUGGAAGGAGAUAGUCGAAGAACCUUGUUUUUUCAUUGCCUUGGAAGUGUUUGACAAUUUUGCUCACGAUAUAAUUGCGUAUGAUAUGAAUACAGGGGAGCCGAUGGAGGGAAAGGUCUUGAUUGACAAGAAAGGUGAUUUUUACCAAUUUUUCACCCGCGAGUUGAGCCCUUACACUAAUGCUUACUUGCAACUCAGGGAGCAUGGUGACUUCUCGGUACUAAGGUAUCAAUCCACGUUGCAAGGAAGAUUAGACAGCAUAAAGAGCUUUUACAAAUCGGUACACCCAUUACUUGAGUCUUCAACAAAGCUUAAGGUCAAACAAAUGAUAUUCCCAUUCAAUGAUGACUUGUCGACCCCUGAGUUUAUCCCAACAAGGCUUCUCCAAUUCUUUCAAAUCUUGAAACACAAGUUUCCCAACCACUCAUUGAUCAGCUCCGACUUUCAUUAUUUACCAAACACCAUUAAAGGAUUCAACGCACCUGUAGUGCAAACCAUGCUAAAAAAGGAGAUGGUGGAUGUUCGAACUUACAUGGUGCAGCAAGGUUACUUCGACAUAAUGUUUGCUACCGAUUUUGAAAUAGCGAAUGAUAUGUAUCAAAAGGUAACUGGUAAGGAAUCUAAAAUAAAUACACACAGAGGGUUUUUGGAACAAUGGGCAGAUGUCGAAGCUACAACGACAAAGGAUGGAGAAAAUCCAAUGUUGGACUUUUAUAGGAAUGUCAGUUUCUUAACAAGUUAG